AAGAGACCUACGGGCGAGAGAGGGGGAAGGAGGCAGGUGAGGAGAGGAUCUACCGGAGAACUCACCGAGCCGGCCGCAUCCCGACAGAGUCAAAAUGCUCGCCGCACACCUCUGGCGCUGUGCCGUGCCGUGCCGGCGGUCGUAGUAGUCUCGUAACGGGACCCGCGCACGCAUUGAGACCUUACAGCCUGUGUCUGUGUGUGUUUGCGCGCGCCGGUGUCAGUGCCGGUUGUAACACGUGCGUUGCAACGGGUCUCACCACUUUCGGUUUCGUCCUGUGCUUUAUAUAUAGGAAGGACUAACACGAGUGCUCGCAGCCCGUUCUUGCAUAGCCAGCUAGUCUCUCAGCAUCCCAAGCUCCCGGUCUUCCCGAGAAGAAGGUCUCUGCGAUGCAACUGUUGGCGGCACCGCGCGACCACACCUGCCGACGCCGUGUGCCGCAAUUCGUGGUUAUCAGCGGCGUCGCCGUCGUCUGAAGUUCCUCCGGGUCCUUCUUCCUCGUUUUUCCGAGCGUUCGCGCUCGCCGCCGGAGGCGUGUGCGCGCGGUUGGUUUGGAUUGUCACGACGACGACGCGGUCGCUGAUCGUCAGAUGACGCCUGAAAUACAGCGUUGCCCCGAUGCGACGAGCCAGGGCCCCGAGCACACUGGAUACGAGCCCUCGCGUCGGCCGACGGCCAGGAAACCCAAGGGUGUCAGAUGGCGAUUAGCAGAAGCGAGCGGCACCACUCCUAUUCUUCCAGUCCUAGUAUUCACAUUUUCAGUCAUUUCACUCGCCAAAGGUCUGAAGAUCAGCCCAAAGUCAUGCGAGAACGCCAUCGGCGAACGGGGUACGUGCAUGUUCGUGUGGGAGUGCAUCAAGCUAGACGGGAAGCACCUGGGCACGUGCACAGACGGUUUCCUGUAUGGUUCCUGCUGCGAGUACGAUGACAGCGAGAACAGCGUCGCGGGCGGCCUGGCACCGGAGCCGCCAUCUUCGUCGACAACGACGACGACCACAGAGACACCGCCAUCGUCGCCGCCACAGCCUCAAAAGCAGCGUCCUAAGCCGCCGCAGCACGCCAAGCCGCCACCGGGCAAGCCCGGCGUGACCACGAGCCUCAACAGCAUUGCCGUUCCCAGCUAUCCGCAGAGAAAUUUUACGCUCAUUUAUCUGACGCCCACGUCGCCUACGCCAACCAUGACGAGGAGACCCUCGACGACGACAAGAAGAACGUACAGGCCUUCGACUAGGCCCAGCACGGCGUCGUCGUCUUCGUCUACAAAGAGACCCGUGGUAACGAGCACGACGACAGCUGCGCCUAGCAGCACUACGACGGUGGCGAGUGUGGUGGUCACGGCGACCCGAUGGCCGCCGACGUUCCGGCCUCCUGGCAUCACCACCUUCUGGUCGCUGUUCAGGCCGCGGCCGACUUUGGUGCCCAUCAUCACGUUCCGGCCCAGCCGCCGGCCUCCGACUAGGCCGCCAACGACGACCCGGAGGACUACGCUGAAGACGACCACGACGACUACGAGUACGACCAAAAAGCCGGCUCGACCUCCGAGUCCACAGCGGCCGCAGCGGCCGCAACGGCCGCAACACGGCACACAUGGCACAUACGGCACACAUGGCAGACCAACGACGACGCGGAAGCCGCCCGCCACGCCGGCGGCGCAAACUGGAAGCGCGUCGACACCCGUAGGUUCCAAGAGACCGGUGCCUCCGAGCCAGCUGCUGAACAAGAGACCCAAAGGGGAGUGCGGUGUCCCGUCCAUUCUGCCGCAAACCAAGGUCGUGGGAGGAAAGAGUGCGGCGUUCGGAGCAUGGCCGUGGCAGGUGCGUGUCCGUGCGGAGACGUCUUUCUUCGGCUUCUCAAGCACUCAUCGCUGUGGAGGCGCCAUCCUGAACAAAUACUGGAUCGCCACGGCUGGGCAUUGCGUGGAUGACCUGCUGCUCAGCCAGAUUCGGAUUCGAGUGGGCGAGUACGACUUCUCGAGCGUGCUCGAGCCGUACCCGUACGCCGAGCGCAGCGUCAAGAAGAAGGUGGUGCACCCUAAGUACAACUUCUUCACCUACGAGAACGACCUGGCGCUGGUCAAGGUGGACGAGCCGUUCGAAUUCAUGCCCCACAUCGCGCCCAUCUGCCUGCCACCUGACAACGAGUCAGACGACCUGAUUGGCCGCAACGCCACCGUCACUGGAUGGGGACGCCUAAGCGAAGGUGGAGUGCUCCCGUCUGUGCUGCAAGAAGUCAAGGUGCCGAUAGUCAGCAACGAAAAAUGCAAGAACAUGUUCCUCGCAGCUGGCAGGCACGAGUACAUACCCAACAUCUUCAUGUGCGCUGGCUUCGAAGAAGGCGGCAGGGACUCAUGCCAGGGGGAUUCCGGAGGCCCCCUACAGAUACAAGCCAAGGACGGUCGAUGGUUCCUGGCAGGCAUCAUAUCGUGGGGAAUCGGAUGCGCCGAGCCCAACCUGCCGGGAGUCUGCACUCGGAUAUCCAGGUUCAAGGACUGGAUCAUCAAGAGCACCACUUGACCUUCCACGAUGCGACAGUCGUGGUCGUCUCACAGUUUCAGUGCAUCACCCAUCGUCUCGACUGUCGAGGCGGAAGUUUUGUCAUGCGCCGCGGGACGACGUUCGACAACAUUUCCGGUCUGCAGCACUGAAUGGACAAGUUGACGUUGUGAAGACACACACGCACUGCUAGUUUGUUUUGCGUCACCCAAGAGCGUUGUGAAACAGACCGUCCUACACAAGUCAGAACACAAUGCACCGCGUGCUCUUUUUUUUUUUAAUCUCGUUACAUUAUGCAGACCACUUGCGAUGACUUUAGUGAAUGGCUCUGCGAAAUGUGUGGCAGCCGUGUGACUGUGCAACGCAAAAAACUGCUUCGCUUGUGCUUUAAUUUCACACAUGUCCUUGUGCUGUGACUCACAGAGUUAUUCCGCAAUGAUUGCUCCACGCUUCACCCAUGCUGUCGGAUAUGCACAAAGCUGUAAGUAAUACACCCGCGAAUUGUCUCGUUAAGUUAAACAAUGAACAACGUAAGUACUGAACCUAAUAUAAUAAAGGAAGUAUGCCGCACGGAAAUAAA